GUGUUGGGUUUGUGUGAGGACAGAUCAGCUGGUAGCCAUGGCGAAGAGCUGGAGAAAGGCGGAGCCAAAGACCGUGCCUGGAUGGGAAAAGUUGGACACAGGUGUGAUCACCCGGUGGACAGUGCAGGUCUUUUCUCCUUCAUGACGUUUCAUUGGCUGACUCCUUUGGCUUCACUUGCCCGGAGAAAAGGACAGCUUCUCCUGGACGACAUAUGGCCAGUGUCAGAGCGGGAAAGUUGCCAUGCCAACAGCCUCAGGUUGGCGUCUCUGUGGGAGGACGAGCAGCGGUCUAAAGGCAGCGAGGCGUCUCUGUGCUCGGUGGUUUGGUCUUUCUGUCGGGCUCGUCUCCUCCUCUCCAUCCUCUGUCUCACCGUCACUCAGCUGGCCGGCUUCAGCGGCCCGGCGUUCGUGGUGAAGCGUCUGCUGGAGUACACCCAGCAGGACCAGUCAGACCUGGGCUAUGGGCUGCUCCUGGUCCUUGGCCUCCUGACCACAGAGCUGGUCCGGUCCUGGUCUCUGGCUCUGACCUGGGCCCUUAACUACAGGACCGGGUCCAGGCUGAGGGGCGCAAUCCUUAGUUUGGCCUUCCAGAAGAUCCUGAAGCUCCGCAGCGUCAGGGACAAGUCCGUGGGACAGCUGGUCAACAUGUGUUCCAGUGAUGGUCAGAGGAUGUUCGAGGCAGCAGCAGUGGGCAGUCUUUUGGCAGGCGGCCCCCUGGUGGCCGUGCUCGGCGUUGCCUACAACCUUUUUAUUCUGGGACCGACGUCUCUGCUGGGCUCGGCCGUCUUCAUCCUCUUCUACCCGACCAUGAUGUUCAGCUCCAGACUGACGGCGUUCUUUAGGAGGAGGGGCGUGGCCAUCACAGACCAACGGGUGCAGAAAAUGAACGAGAUCCUGAGCUACAUAAAGUUCAUCAAGAUGUUCGCCUGGGUCAAAGCCUUCGCACAGGACGUCCGCAGGAUCCGCGAUGAGGAGCGGAGGAUCUUGGAAAUGACGGGUUACUUCCAAAGCGUCACUGUGGGCGUGGCUCCCAUAGUUGUCGUCAUAGCCAGCGUGGCAACAUUCUCCGCCCACAUGUUGCUAGGAUACGACCUGACAGCAGCUCAGGCCUUCACCGUGGUAACCGUAUUCAACGCCAUGACCUUUGCUCUGAAGGUCACUCCUUUCUCCGUCAAGUCUCUGUCUGAGGCGUCAGUCGCCAUGGAGAGAUUCAAGAGUCUCUUCCUGUUGCCGGAGGUUGAGGGCGUGCGUGCAUCUCCUGGUGACCCUCAGGUUGCCGUGGAGAUGUGUGGGGCCAGUCUGGCGUGGGACGGGGUUGGUCAGAGCGCUCAGCCCAGUCCAUGUUCCCGUACGGACAAGAGAGACAGGUGCAUAGGCAGAGGGGUUCUCCAGGAGGAGCAGGUGACAGGCUCCCUGCUGAGAGGGGGAGGAGUCUCCUUAGGUCCAGAGGAGGAGGAAAGCCCCGCCCCCCUGACAGCUGCCGCCGCCCACCAGCGUCUUCAGAGGACACUGCAUUGCAUCAACCUGAGAGUGAGACAGGGCAAGCUGCUGGGUGUGUGUGGGAGUGUCGGCAGUGGAAAGACAUCUCUGAUCUCGGCCAUCAUUGGACAGAUGACCCUGUUGGCGGGACGGGUGGCGGUUAGAGGACAGCUGGCCUAUGUGGCUCAGCAGGCCUGGAUCCUGAACGCGACACUGAGAGACAACAUCCUGUUUGGACAGGAGUACCAGGAGGACAGGUAUCAGACCGUGCUGAACACCUGCUGCCUCAGACCAGAUCUCACCCUGCUGCCCAACGCCGACCUGACAGAGAUCGGCGAGCGAGGUGCCAACCUCAGCGGCGGGCAGCGACAGCGAAUCAGCUUGGCCCGGGCCCUCUACAGCGAGCGGGAUGUUUACAUCCUGGACGACCCGCUCAGUACCCUCGACGCCCACGUGGCCAACCACAUCUUCCACAACGCCAUCAGGAAGCAGCUCCGUCAAAAGACCAUUAUCUUUGUUACCCACCAGCUGCAGUACCUGGUGGACUGUGAUGAUGUCAUCCUGAUGAGGGAGGGGAGUAUAGUGGAGCAGGGUAACCAUGACAACCUGAUGAAACUAAAUAUGGACUACGCCGCCAUGUUCAACCACUUCCAACUGGGAGACACUCCUUAUAUGGAGGCUCCCAGCAGAAAGACGGGUUCUGGUCAGAGGAAACCAGUGGACAGUAAACCAGGAUCAGUGAAGAAGAACUCACCUGUUGUUAAGGAGCACGGGGAGGAGCGGCAGUGUGGGGGCGUGGCCUGGCCAGUGUUCCAGCUUUACAUGUCUGCGUGUGGUGGCUCCGCCUCCUGCCUCCUGAUCCUGGCUCUCUUUGUUCUCAACGUGGGAAGCUCUGCCUUCUGCCAAUGGUGGCUCAGCUACUGGAUCAACCAGGGCAGUGGGAAUGCCACGGUAGUCCCAGGAAACAGCUCUGAUGCAAGCAUCAGCAUGAAGGACAAUCCCAUGAUGCAAUACUACACUGCUGUUUACGCCUACUCCAUGGGCGUCAUGCUGCUCCUGAAAGUCAUUAGGGGCGUGGCCUUCGUUAAGGGAACUUUACGCGCCUCCUCUAGACUUCACGAUCAGCUCUUCCGUAAGAUCCUCCGCUGCCCAAUGAAGUUCUUCGACGUAACUCCCACAGCUCAAAUCCUGAACCGUUUCUCCAAAGACAUGGAUGAAGUUGACACCCGUCUGCCCUUCCAGGCCGAGAUGUUCAUCCAGAACCUGAUCCUGGUCUUCUUCUGCCUCGGCGUCAUCAGCUGGGUUUUUCCAUGGUUCCUGGUGGCUGUGGGUCCUCUCGUGUUGCUGUUUGCAGCGCUGCAUGGCAUCUCCAGGGUUUUCAUCCGGGAGCUAAAGCGCCUGGACAAUGUGACCAUGUCCCCCUUCAUGUCCCACAUCACGUCCAGCAUCCAGGGCCUGUCCACGCUGCAGGCCUAUGGCCGGGGCCAAGACUUCCUUGCCAGGUACCAGGUUCUGCUGGACCAGAACCAGGCUCCGUUCUACCUGUUCAGCUGUGCCAUGCGCUGGCUGGCUGUGCGUCUGGAUGUCAUCAGUGUAGCUCUGAUCAGCAUCACCGCCCUCAUGAUGGUCCUGAUGCAUGGGAGGAUCCCUACCGCCUAUGCUGGCCUUGCCAUCUCCUACGCUGUGCAGUUAACAGGGUUGUUCCAGUUCACCGUGCGCCUGGCGUCUGAGACUGAAGCUCGCUUCACAUCCGUCGAGAGAAUCCACCACUACAUCCAGUCCCUGUCCCAGGAGGCCCCGGCCCGGAUCAAAGAUCGGGCCCCUCCUGAUGACUGGCCCCAGCAAGGGGAGCUGGUGCUCAGGGAGGUGGAGAUGAGGUACCAGGAGAACUUCCCUCUUGUCCUCAACAGGAUCUCCUGCACCAUCCGGCCCAGGGAGAAGAUCGGUAUUGUGGGCAGGACCGGAUCAG